CAUCUAUCGUCGUCGUCGUCGUCGUCGUCGAUCCAUCCAUGGCGGAGCAGCUGGACCUGCCAGGGUUCCGGUUCCACCCCACCGAGGAGGAGCUGCUGGAGUUCUACCUGAAGCAGGUGGCGCACGGGCGGAAGCUCAAGUUCGACAUCAUCCCCACGGUGCACCUGUACCGCCACGACCCCUGGGAGCUCCCGGGCCUGGCGCGCAUCGGCGAGCGCGAGUGGUACUUCUUCGUGCCCCGCGACGGCGGCCGGCCUGCCAAGCAGCACCACCACCAGUCGUCCGGCGCCCGCCCCAGCCGCACCACGGAGCGCGGCUUCUGGAAGGCUACGGGCUCCGACCGCGCCGUGCGCUGCGCCCACGACCCCAAGCGCCUCAUCGGCCUCAAGAAGACGCUCGUCUACUACGAGGGCCGCGCGCCUCGUGGCACCAAGACCGACUGGGUCAUGAACGAGUACCGCCUCCCCGACGCCUGCAAUAACAACAACAACAACAAUAAUACCGUCGCCGGCGACUCAUCGGCGGCGGCGGCGGCAUCCUCCACCACCACCAACAACUCGCCCAAGGAGGACAUCGUGCUGUGCAAGGUCUACCGGAAGGCCGUGUCGCUCAAGGAGCUGGAGCAGCGAGUGGCCAUGGAGGAGCUGGCGCGCGCCACGCCGUCCGCGUCCCACAACGCCGGAUCGCCCGCCGACUCCAUGUCGUCGUCCGACCAGGACCAACAAACCCAGCUUGGGCAGGGAGGAGUGGAGAUCAUGAUAACGAUGCCCGUCGGCGGCAUCUCACCACCACCACCACUACCACCGCCUGUGAUGAUGAGCAUGAAGCAAGAGGAGGAGGUGGCCGAGCCCGAGGCGCCGCUGCCGGCGGUGCUGAUGAGGCCGUCGACGCUGAGCCUGCCGCAGCUGGAGGUGGCGAAGCAGCAGCAGGAGUGGAUGCAGGACCCCUUCUUGACGCAGCUGCGGAGCCCAUGGAUGGAGAGCUGGUCUCCCUACUACCCCAGCGUCCUCAACUUUUAACCAAUGCAAUCUCAGAAUCUCAGAUCGACCGUCGUCCUCGAUGAAGUAGCUAUAUAUAUAUGGUCAUUGUUCCACAGACCUAUACUAAUAGCUAGCAUGCAUACUGCUGCUAGGUAUCUUUUGGUUUGGCAUUAUCAUAUAUACAUACUGAUGACGAGCUAGUACCGUACCCAUACAUGAGUAUCUUGGUUGCUGCUAGCUCCUCCAAGUUGGAGACCGUAUAUAUAUAGUUCGUGUGGAUUUCCUUUUGUACAGUAGCAAGGUACGGUGUUGACAACCAAAAUUAUCAAAACAUAUAUGGAACGCUUAAUUUAGAGUCUGAGUGAAAGAGAGUUAGGCUCUUAAUUAGGAAGGUGUGGCCACGACGAAAGUGUCUUGCAU